CUCCGCCACCGCCGUAAGCUCCGCCACUGUAUUUCCUCCGCCGCUGGAUUUCACUGAGGAAUAUAGUAAUUAAUGGCGCAUAGGUUGCUUAGAGAUGCAGAAGCAGAUGGAUGGAAACGGUCUGAUUUUCCGAUUAUAUCUGAGUCUUGUCUCGGGGAUAGUCCGUAUGUGCAAAUGGCAAGAGCAGGGAUUGAUUAUGAAUCUUCAUAUGGAAAAGUCCAUGCAAAUGACACUAUUUUGAAGCUCCAAAGAACAACUCCAUACUACAAGAGAAAUCAGGCACAUGUUUGCAGUUUCUAUAUACGUGGUCACGAGUGUCCUUAUAGGCAUGAAAUGCCGGAGACUGGGGAGUUGUCACAGCAAAACAUUAAGGACUGUUACUAUGGGUAUGUGCAACUGAAUCUUUAUCCUGUUAAUUUGAACGAUUUUUGUUUUCUUAAAUCUCAUAUGACCAUUUUGGCAUUUAAUCUCCUGGUGUCAAACUUUCAAUAUCUCCAGGCUGUUUAUAGUAUUUCUUAUUGA